CGGCACGGGGCCUUCCGAGAGCCGGAAAGGUCCACUGGAAGCAGGCAAGACUGCGGGAAUACCUGGAAAGGCCAGUCCUUUCCUCCCAGGCCAGAUUUUUUAUAAGAAGCAAAACUUUCCAUCACUAACAUGGGAAAGAGGCGAACAAAGGGAAAAAACACACUGCGAGAUAACUCACCAGAUGGACCAGACUCAUCUUUUAAAAACUUUCUAGUAGAACCUGUGUGCAAACACCUUCGCAAAGGAUUGGACCAAAGCCUGAGAAAAGUGCUGCAGAAUAUGGAUUGGGAAGCCUGUGAGGAUUGCCGGAUACCAGACAAUGGAAGAGAAGAGAAAUCGGAAGAGGAAGAACUAGACAGACCAUCCAUAUGGCUAUGCCUCAAAUGUGGUCAUAGGGGCUGUGGCAGAGAUUCUCAAGAACAACAUGCUUUAAAGCACUAUGAAACACCAAGAUCAGACCCUCACUGUUUGGUUCUCAGCUUAGACAACUGGAGUGUGUGGUGCUACUUGUGUGAUAAUGAGGUCCAGUAUGGCAGUUCUACUCAACUGGGCCAGCUGGUGGAUUAUGUUAGAAAACAAGCUCAUAUGAAUCUCCGGAAACCAGCAUAUAAAGAAGAUGAAAACAAGCCACUUGAAAAUAAAAAAAUAAAAGAUCACAGAAACGAGGAAGAGAAGGAGAAAAAGGAGAUCAUGCUCAAAGAUAACAAGCUUCAUUUGAAUGGCAAUGCAGAAGUAACAGUGAGGGGUCUCAGUAACCUCGGAAAUACAUGUUUCUUUAAUGCUGUUUUGCAGAAUUUAUCACAGACACCAGUUCUGAGAGAACUACUGAAGGAGGUUAAAAUGCCAGACUCUACACUUACGAUUGAGCCAUCAGAAUUCCCAAUAACAGAACUCCUGGUAGUUAAACUUGAUCAGCCAAGACCCCUGACAUCAGCAAUGUGCCAAUUUCUGACAGAAAUGCAAGAAACAAAAAAAGGAACAGUGACCCCUAAAGAGCUCUUCUCACAAGUCUGUAAGAAAGCCAUACGUUUUAAAGGCUAUCAGCAGCAAGACAGUCAGGAGCUGCUUCGUUAUUUGCUAGAUGGAAUGCGAACAGAAGAAAUGCAGCGGAUUUGUGCUGGAAUUUUUAAGGCAUUGAAUAGUUCUACUGACAAAGAAAAUGAAGAACUAAAAAAGAAAAUUAAAGAUUAUGAAAAGAGAAAGUUAACACAAACCUUUGUGGAUCGUAUAUUUGGGGGCGAAUUGACAAGUACUAUAAUGUGUGAAGAGUGCCGAACUGUUUCUUUAGUGCAUGAGUCAUUCCUUGAUCUCUCACUCCCAGUUUUAAACGAAAAGAAUGGUAAGAGAAAAACAAGUGGGAAAAAUGUUGAAAAAGAAAUAGAAAAUGAUGAAGACAGCAUAGAAAAUGACUGUUACUUGAAAGAGAGAGAAGAGGCUCCAGGUACAAGUAAGCAUCUCCAGAAAAAGGCAAAGAAAAUGGCCAAAAGGCAAGCAAAGAAUCAGCGUCGUCAGCAAAAAAUUCAGGAAAAGGUGAUCCCUCUGACAGAUAGCUAUGCCAAUGAAAAAACUGAAGUUGAUAAUGAUUACAGUAAGGGAACAGUAGAAGGUAACUCUGAGCUGAUUUGCCCAAAACAAGAAGAGUCAUUAAAUCCAGUUGAAGAUCCAUUUGUUGAUCAAAAAGAUAGUAUGAAUGGGCAAAAUAUAACAGUUGAAAUCCAGAAUACAGAAGACCACAAUGAAGAUAAAGACAUUUCUGACCAGGAAGCAAAUAAUGAAGUUGGUAUGUGUGUUCCUCCAGAAGGCUUGGAUUCUACAGUGGAGUGUGUCAAUAAGUUUGACCAUCUGCCUCUCAAAGAAGAUAGUCUUGAAGAAGACGAGGAUAUUGCCAAUGGAUUUAACAAACUGUCCUUAAAGGGAGACAUUGGGAGCGAUACAGAUAGUUUCAGCGAACUUGAUAACUCAGAGACAAAAAUAUAUGAAGUAGUGAAUGAGGACCCAGAAACGGCGUUUUGUACUCUUGCAAGCAGAGAACCUAUAAACACAGAAGAAAAUUCAGUCCUUCAUUGCUUGUAUCAGUUCACUCAUAAAGAGAAACUUUGUGGGAACAAUAAACUGCUCUGUGAUAUAUGCACACGCAGGCAACAUUGUGGGCCAAAGACAGCAGGGAAAAAUUCCAAGAAGCAUGUAUACACCAAUGCUGAAAAACAAAUGCUUAUUUCUCUCGCUCCCCCGGUUCUAACUCUUCAUUUAAAAAGAUUUCAACAGGCAGGAUAUAGUCUCCAAAAAGUGAACAAGCAUAUAAUGUUUCCUGAAAUAAUAGAUUUGGCUCCUUUCUGCUCAGUUAAAUGCAAGAAUGUUGCAGAAGGGAAUUCAAAGGUCCUUUAUUCCUUGUAUGGUAUUGUUGAGCACAGUGGUACCAUGAGAUCUGGUCACUACACUGCAUACGUUAAGAUGAGAGCUAUGACCAACCAGCUUUCUGAUCUUGUUCUUCAUGGGAAGAUUCAACAAACAGUUGCAGAGAGUGAAUCAUCUAAAGGACAGUGGUUUCAUAUCAGUGAUACUCAUGUACAAGCAGUGCCUAUAUCCAAAGUGCUGAAUUCCCAAGCAUAUCUUUUAUUUUAUGAACGACUACUAUAAAUGAACUAAUCAAGUCUUCUUAUACUGAUUUGCAGCCAAGAAAGUUAUACCCCUGAAAAUGAUUGUGUUCAGUCAACUGGUUUUGACUAUACCUGUAUUCAGACAUACUUCAGUGUACUUUAAUAAUAAAAAAGUUAUCUUUAUAACUAAAUGUGGCAUCAAUUUUCCAUAUUGUUUUACAGGUACUACAAGGAUUUUUGCACUCAUUGCCUUUCAUUGGUUUUUGUUGCCCCAUGUACCCAUUGGCCUGUACAUAUACAUUAAAAAUAAGGUGUAUUUGUAGCACUUUGUUGUACUUUAGACUCUUGAGUGUUCUGAAAUGCAUGGUGUUUCUAGGAUAUAAGAUACCUGAUCACCUUCCGAAUAUUUAUUAUUAGUUUGGUUACUAGUGUACUACAUAUAUAGAGAGAGGUAUUGCUUCCUGUGCUUCUGUUUCCCCAUAUGGAUAAAAAGAUGACAAAAUCUUAGAAGAUGCCUGUACCUCUCACUUGUUGGCCUUUGUAAUUUUAGAGGCAAAUAUCACUCCACUCCCAUAUAUAUACUACCUUUUACUCAGUCAGAACAUGACUAGACAUUUCUAAAUGGACUGAAAUAGUCCCUGCUUUCAAAGGUCACAGAAGGUUUUUCUUAAAGCCUACAUGCCUUAAAUCUACCACAAUGAUGUUCCAAGAAAAAGUAAAAAAUCUACAGAUUUGCCUGAUCAGGUAGUAAGU